GAGGGAGAAACAAAAUGGGCGGGAUCUCUCUCUCUCUCUCUGAGGCUGUUUUUGUGAAGGAGGCCGGCCUUGUUUUGUGGGUGCCACUGCCUUUGUUCUUUCCCCUCAGGAGGGGAGCCCCCCAAAUGUCCACCGCCUCCUAAGAGAUGCCGAACUACUAGGGGCUCUCGUCCGGCCCUCCUUUCUGGGCCUGGGCGAAGAGGGGAGCCCCUGGAAGGGCGAGGAGGAGCCGGGCCCCAUGUGACGACGGUGGCGGUGGCUUGAAGUGCUGCUGAGGCCGCCCAGAAACCGCCGCCGCUGCCGCCUCCUCCUCAGCCUUUCGGAGGAGCCGAGGAGGCCGACGAAGGAUGCGAAGCCGCCGAUGAUGGCGAUACGGGAGCUGAAAGUCUGUCUGCUUGGAGAUACUGGAGUUGGCAAAUCAAGUAUAGUUUGUCGAUUUGUUCAGGAUCAUUUUGACCACAAUAUUAGUCCCACUAUUGGUGCUUCUUUCAUGACUAAAACUGUGCCUUGUGGAAAUGAGCUUCAUAAAUUUUUGAUCUGGGAUACAGCAGGCCAGGAGAGGUUUCAUUCAUUGGCACCAAUGUAUUACCGUGGAUCAGCAGCAGCUGUCAUAGUAUAUGAUAUCACCAAACAGGAUUCAUUUCAUACACUGAAGAAAUGGGUAAAAGAAUUAAAAGAACAUGGACCUGAAAACAUUGUAAUGGCCAUCGCUGGAAAUAAAUGUGAUCUUUCUGAUAUUCGGGAGGUACCUAUGAAAGAUGCCAAAGAAUAUGGAGAAACUAUAGGUGCAAUUGUUGUUGAGACAAGUGCCAAAAAUGCAAUUAACAUUGAAGAACUUUUUCAAGGAAUCAGUCGACAGAUUCCACCCUUGGAAACACAUGAAAAUGGCAACAAUGGAACAAUCAAACUUGGAAAGCAGACUACACAGAUGACUAGGCGAUGCUGUUAAAACCUACUUGGUUUGAUUUACUUGAAAAUAACAUGACAUAAUUUGCUUAUUUAUUGAGCAACAGACUUCAGAAACAAAGUGACAGGACAUCUUGUCUAAAAGCAAUAACAUCAGUACUAUCAGUGGGGACAUUAGGAAAAAGAUCUUCAAAUUAGUUCUUCAAAAUUAAAAUGGAUGAUUCACCUUAGCCACAAACUGUUUAAAACCUUGAUCAACAUUUUAAAGCAAUCUUUCUAAACCAAUGGCUGUUUUAAAUAGACAUUUUGUCUUAAAAUAAUUUGUCAUGCAAAUGGUACAUUUUAUACAAAAUUCCUUCUUCUUCUGUUUACAACACAGUAUUUUAUAUUGACCUUUAUGGAAUUACAGUGUAUAGUACUUUAAUUAAGUGAAGGACGUGUAUGAUUUUAUCUUUUUUUUCUUCUUACUAGAUGUGGCUUCAGUGGCUUUGUUUUUAGAACAAUAACCUUUUCUUUAAAGAAGCUGUUGAUCAGAUAGAUGUAUUCCAGCCCCAAACAGAAAAAAAUUCUAGCAUCUUUUACAAAGAAUAAUGAAAUUCUGAUAAUUUUAGUUUGUAGCUUUUAUUUCUUCUGUAAUGGAAAAGAAGAAUCACAGGCAUUGAACCUCAGUAUUUUAAAAUACAUUAGGAAUAUUUACAUGAAAGGCAAUGAAAAUGAUAUCUUUUCAUUUAACAUAAAAGUUAUAAUAAUAAAAAUGACAACAGAUACUGCAGCAGAAGCCAAAAGGGAUAAAAUGAAAGAAUAUUUUAUUGAAUUUCUUUAGUACUUAUAUUCAUUUAAAGCCCAUCUGGCAGAUAUAUGAUACCAUCUGUAUCUGUCAGUAGUUGUGUACUUCUCUUCUGCAUGGUUUAAUGUGAUGAACAUCUAAUGCAAUGAAUAAUAUUUAUUUACUUGUUCUGCCCACCUCUGUUUGAAUGACAGGAUUGAAGGACCAGUCAGCUGUAUUCAAAUGCACUCUUUUUGUAAGGGAGUUAUAAACAACUUUAAAAGAAUCUGCUGUAGAAAUUCUUGCUUGGAUUCAGAGAUGGAUACAUAUAUCUUUGCUUGCCCAGGAUAUUUUCCUGUUUCUGCCUCUUUCUUUGCUACAGUUGCCUACAUUUCUUAAACUAAAUCCAGAGGAUAAAGUGAUCCUUUGGAAUGCUGUGUGAUGGGGCCCAAGGGGCUAGUCAGGAUGAGGAAACUGGGAGAAUUCAAUGGGAAGUGCCAUUCUGCCCAUGCCAGACAUUGCAAGCCAUUGUGCUGGCAUUUGAUACCAGUGAUAUAUCUGGAGACAAGCAGAUGGAAGUAUUAAAUCACUCUGUUACUUCAGUAAGAACUAUUUGUUUCCAAACUGUAAAAUAGAGUGGAAAGAACAUAAAAUAGAGUGAAAAGAACUCAGUACUGGUGUUUGUGAAUUGCAGACUAACUCUGUAGUCUUGCAACUAUAUUUGGUCAAAUGGAUGAACAUAACAAAGUAAAUAGUGCUAACAUUAGUGUUAUUUCUGUGAGAUGAAGCCAGUGUAUGUAGCAGAAUUUAUGAACAACUUUGUGGAUAAUAAGUGUGAGUGAUACAACUAAGAGCUAGAUCAAAAUGUUCCAUAAUGGGAGUACAAAGCCAGUGCUUUCCAACUUGAAAAAUACAGACACACUUAAUAUUGGUAGCUUUCAGACCUUGCACAGUGCACAUAACAUGCACUGUGUCAGGUAGUUUGAGAAAGGUUAAAUUCAUUAUUCUUAAAGCAGUUAAAGGCUGACAGACUACUACAAGUGCAGUGAUGAAGACUUCAUCUUAACAGUUUAUAAAUGGAUGGAUUGUAAAUGCUACAGAAUUUUAAAAAUCACAAGCUUUUUAAAAAUGGCAUAACCACACACUAUGUUUAAAAGCAUAUGAUUGGAAGCAACUCAAAAAUUUAUAUACUGUAUAUACUCAUGUAUAAAUCUAGAAAUUGUAGUCAACUCCACUUGCAAACUCUUCCUUGUGAGAAUGGGAAGGGAAAGCCAGUUUUGUCACCAUCAGAAAGCACAUUAUGUUGCAUGGCGUGCUGCUCCAGGGCACUGUUUGGUUUUUGGCACUGGUUUGGCAGGCCACAGAAUAAAUGCUAUAAACAACUCGUGUAUAAGUAGAAGCAACAUUGCUUUCUUGAUGAAUCAUAGGAAUUAUCUUUUCUUUGAAUAGAUGAUAUGUCAUGUGACCUAUGGCUAAAACUAUUCCCUUUUGGGAGUUAAAACUGUCAAAUAACCAUAUAAACAUCUCCUUUACUGUACCUAUUACUAUUAUUGUUGUGAAGCUGGGAUGAUCUUUUUAUGCCGUGUAAAUCUUUUUCUGCUUGGAAUAGCUUCAAUCAUAACUUGGUUUUAUUACUGCUAGAAAGAUUGGCAAAGAAAUCAUUGAUAAGAAAAAUAGCAAUUUUUACCAGUGAAUAGUAUUUCUUUGAUGAUUUUUUUUAAAAAAAUGAAUUUAUGGGAUUGUCUGAGGGCUCAUUCUGUACAAAUGUUAACUCUAGUGAAGAGUCCCAGCAUGAACCUUCAAAUGGAGACAUACCAAGGCCUACCAUCAAUGUAGUAUAGAAUAUGCAUAGAAAAAGCAUGACUGCACAAUUACAGCACAGUCCUAUGAAUGUUUAUUUAGAAGUAUGUUCUAGUGUCUUCAAUGGGGCUUACUUUCAGGAAAGCAUGCAUAGGUUUGGAACCUUAAUGACAAACAUUCUGCACAUUGGUGGCAGUCCAUGAUGCCUUCUAGUUUUUAUUAUACGUACUGUGUGGUAAUAUGUAGAUAAUAAGUUUAAAUCUGGGUCCAAAUAAUUAUAAAAACAGUAUUCAUCUGUCAUCUUUUAAUGUAUUACAUGCUAGGUUAUGUCUAUUUUAAACCUGAAUAAUAAGGUACAGUAUUGCUUCGAUGAAGAAUGAGUAUAGUACAUAUCCAGUUGUAUGAUAUCUGCAUUUAUAAACUAUCUAAAACUUCCCUGAAACUUGUCAGUAUGGUGGCAAGAGGGCUAUUUAGUUACGCUACAUUCACUGAAACUCCAUUUUUGCUAUAGAGCUAAGGGGGGGAGGGAGUUGUAUUUUUCAGUGCUUUGUUCGCUAUUAUUGUGUAUGGAUGUAUGUUCCUUCCGGUUGCCUGCUGACUAAUAGUGACCCAAUGAAUUUCAUAGGGUUUCUUAGGUAAGGAAUAUUCAGAGGUCGUCUGCCAGUUCCUUUUUCUGAAAUGCAACCUACAGCACCUGAUAUUUGUUGGCGGUCUCCCAUCCAAGUACUAACCAGAGCUGACCCUUCUUAGCUUCUAAGAUCAGGUGGGAUUUAGUGCCUUUAAGGUAUUUGGGCCUAUUAUUAUUGAACUCUUGCAUGGUGGUCAGACUUUUCAAAUCUAACAGAAAUCAGUUCUCAUGUCAUAUAAUCCUGAGUAGUCUAAACAAGAGACAAGGAUUAAGAGAAAUGAGGUGGGGCUGCAGGGCUUGUUCUGUUUUGAGACCUGAGAGACAGAUACAUGAACACCUCUCUAAGCACUAGUCUUAUAUGCAUCAUUUUAAUGGAAUGAAUUUGUUCUGGAUUCUCCUGUAGGCAUGACUGGUGUGCUUCAAAUUACAGGAACAGCACUAGAGUGGAGAGAGGAAAUCCGGUUUUCUCUCUCUCUCUCUCUCUCUCUCAAUCUGGAAGUGGCCAAAACUGGAAGUGGCCAGAAAUCCAUUCCAGAAUUUGAGAACUGGACAUUCAAGGGGAUUGUAAACCCCUCAAAAAAUUCCAUGGGGACCCUUCACACUAUAGUAGCACUCUGAUUAUACUUUAAUUCCCAUGGCAACAUCCUUUGGUAUUCUGAAGUUUGCACUUUAGGGAGUGGUAUUUAGAAUUCUUAGCCAGAGUGCUGCCAUGACAGUUAAAGAGGAAUUAUGACAUAAUUGUGUAGUGUGAAAGUUGCAUGACUUUAAAAUCCAAUUAAGAUGGAUUUAAUACAUCUAAAUCAAUGCAGAACAGAAACCCACAUUCUCAGUUUUAUUUAGCUUAUAUUUCUAUUCUCAGGCAAUAACUUCCCUUCAAGCAUUUUCAAAGUUGAAACUAGGUUAAAUCCAAUAUGAUAUUAUGUGGUAGCACUGGAACCUUCUUCCGCUCUCAUCUGCCACAAACCUACUGCAGAGGGCUUCUCAUUUAGCACACGGAGGCUGGGGCAGAAAUGGAGUUUCUUAAUUCCAUAAGCAAAUGCAGCUUUCCCCAGCAGUGCUAGAUACUACUAUCUUCUAAUAUUUGUUUUAUAGUAUUACUUCCCAAAAGAAAGGUUAUUUGUUCCAUUCUCCUCAGUGGGUUGACAUUCACUUCAUGUGACACGGCCUUUCUGUUACUGACACAUGCAAGCAUAUUUCUUCUACCUUAUACUUAGAAUCAUAGAUUGUGUUUGUAUUUUGGUUGUUGUAGAGGUUCACAUUCCCUUCCUCUCUAAAAACUAAAGGUCCCUAUCAGCACUCACUGUGUGUUGCUACUAUAGCUGCCCCCAAUGGCUAUUCCAUUUCUGAUGGAAACUGGGGGGAUUGGAGAAGCAUUUGGCUAUGUUUCCACAGCCACACAAAACCAAGUGCAUUAUCUGGUGAGACUGGUGGAUCUUGGUAGAAGAUGUCCCCAGUUUGUUUCAGCCCAUGGGGACAUAGAUAGAUGCUUCUUCCAUUGCACCCUCAUCUCUCUGGCUGUCAUAAAAUGGCUAUAGGGGAGCUACUACAAGGAGACAGUGAGUCCUGGGGCUGAUGAGAGGGAAGCUGUAGUUGAAUUCUGGAACUCUUACACCACUCAUGACCAUGUAUGAUCUCACUCUGUUAGUGUUACUUAAAUUAUCUCCCCUUCUUUGGUUUAAUGUGUGUCAUAACUAUGACUGUUACAGCAGGUUUUAGUUUAACUGAAGCUCCCAUUCUCAGGCUAGCAUGAGUGAUCACAGCAGAACAGUUAUUCUCUGGUUGCAAGCUGUUGAAUCUACUGUCUUCCUCACUUGAAUUUGAAGAAAGUAGUUCUAAGUUGUGGUGCUUCCUUCAACUACUUGUGGUUCCUAGUCAUUGGGAAGAACAAUAUGGCCUGUAGAACAACAGGACUAAACAGUCAAUUGAAAGUAACUUGGCUCUGUGUCUGAGUAGUUAUGUUGAUGUCAUGAUGAUAUUGCCACAAAUAGUGGGAAGAUAUAUGCCACUGAAUUGGUUUGUAGAGCCCGGUGGAUAUAAGCUAACUGUAUAUAUUAAGCAGGCCAGCCUUGCCUAAUCUGGUUCCCAUCAAAUGUGUUGGAUUACAACUCAUAUCACGCCUAGACCAUUGGCUGAAUGGGUAUGUGAUGGAAGAUACAGUACAACACAUUUGAAGGGUACCAGUUUGUACAAGGUUGAUGUAGUCUACAACAAGUUAUACUACUUGUUAAAAGGGAUUAUGGUUCUGUGGGUUCCUGGCUAUGGCUGCCUGCUCCUGCUCAGUGUUAGUUCAAAAUCUCCAGCAUCAGGGGCACUUUUUGCUAUUCAGGUGAUGAGUUGGGAUUUGACUUUGUUCUUUGGCUGGGUCAGAGAACAUUAGAAAAUAUUUGCAUCAAUAGGUAACAUUAUCUGCUCUGUUUUGGCCAACUGGAAUAAGGUCGAGCAAGCCUAAAAUGCAAUCUGGAAAUCCUGUAUACAGCAUUGAUUACAACUUAACAUUGUUAUUCUUCUUUUGCAAUAUUUUUCCUUGGAAUCUCACUUUAAAUAGAACAUGUAUUUGAUGUAUUUGUAAGCUCAGUUGCUGUUGACUUGUCUGCUUCAUAUACACUCAGACUCACAAAUAUAGAGAUAGUUCUGACUAAAUAGCCUGAGUACAUUCAUAGAUUAAACACUCAUAUUAACAUGUCCCUAUGAAAUAAAUAUAGAGUGACUGCAGCAUAUUGUCAGUGUUAUCUGCGAUGUAUGUAUUCAGAAAAUUUGCACAGACAACAAAUUCCCAAGUAAUGAUAACAAGUGGAGAUAUUAAUUCAAUUUUUCAUAAAUCUACUUGUGACUAGAAUGCUCUAGGCUGUAAUAUAUCUGCAAGCUAACCCUAGUUUGUGUGCACUAAAGAUGUAAUCAAAAACAUUUAUUAAGGAAUAUCCUAUUGAUGUCAGUAAUGCUACAUUCCUCUUUGAAAUUAUUUGGAAUAAAUAAUUGUUUCAGUCAUUAAUCAACAUACAGUUUCACGUACUGUGCAAUGAUAGAUAAAAUGGUGAUUAAUAGUGGGGGUUGUAUGGAAAGAGCAAAAUAGUCUCCACUCACAGACUCUUGUAGAAAAAUAGUGAACAUUAAUAUGACCUCUAUGAUCCAUGUUCCUCCAAAUUUACUCCAGAUGAUGACUGAACAUGCCUGCCAUCCUUCAUGCCAGCAGAAAAUAUCUCUUUGCCACAGUGGUGAAGGACAUAAGCACACAUCACUUCCUUUUUCAAUCAGUACAAAGAGUCAUGUGACAGAACAACUUCCCAAUUUGCAGUUUCCUACUGUUUGAUUAUGACAAAAAUCACAAAGGGCUGUGUUUUUCAAGCAGUGGUAGAGUUUCAAUGCACAGAGACCUUGCUUUCUUUGUAGACAUAUCACGUAUAUAUUUCUCAUUACAUGAUAAUUGUUUUAACCCUAAAUCAUUGUAAUGCUUUUGCUCUGUACUAUCAGUUUGCCUUAUUUCUACAAGGGCUUUGAAUGGGCUGGACCCAUUGAUACUUAUGUAUGGGAUGUUAUAAUCUGUUAAUAUUGUUUGGUUUAUGUUAUAGUUUGUAUGAUCACAAAUGAAAUUUCUGCCUAACUUUUUAUUCUUUUUAUUUAAUCUAUAAUGUGUAAUAAUAAUAAAUAUCCUUAAAUUUUG